AUGGAAGUAAUUGGUUCUGGCAUAACAGGUACUCUCCAUACUAUUCUAGCAGAUUCUACUAUGAUUUGGCGGUGUUGGAUAGUCUGGGGUCAGCACUGGCUGGUCAUUCUGCCUCCUGUACUUUUUCUUCUUUCUGCAAUUGCAGCAGUUGCAAAAGGAAUUGCUCCAACACUUCUUGCUGGACAUGUUGCAGCAGGUCAUACUUGCCCAGAUGACUCUUGGCAGGGAAGUGUGAUUUCAGGCUCACUUCACUUUGGAACACAUUCUGGAGGCCAGACUUCUCAGCAAGAUUCCAUGAUCAGCAUUGAUCUUGAAUCCCAGCAGGAGAUAGGUGAUGAGUAUGGCCAUCAGAAUCCAGCAUCUUCUGAGGAAGAUAGCACCUAUGACAGUGGCAUCCAAGAGGAUGACUUGGAGGUGGCUCAGCAGAAGAGAGAUAUCAUAUACUCUUAUCACACUCUGGCAGAAUCUCAGACAGAUGUUGGUAUCAACUCAAAAGGUGUCAUCUGUGAAGAUGAUCCUGAGUUACACACAUACAGAGAGAGAGAGAGAUGA